GUGUGUGGGGAAGCUGGGCGCCUAAAAUGCGAGCCUGGGGAGGAGUCCCGCGGAGGAACUAGGGAAGAGCCCUGGAAGGAAAGGAAUGGUCCCCGCCUCCCCGCUCAGGAUGGUGGUGCCUUCGCUGAAGCUUCAAGAUCUAAUUGAGGAGAUUCGUGGGGCCAAGACCCAGGCCCAGGAGCGGGAAGUGAUCCAAAGGGAGUGUGCCCACAUCCGGGCCUCGUUCCGCGACGGGGACCCUCUGCAGAGGCACCGCCAGCUGGCCAAACUGCUCUAUGUCCACAUGUUGGGCUAUCCUGCCCACUUUGGACAGAUGGAGUGCCUGAAACUGAUUGCCUCCGCCAGGUUCAUAGACAAGAGGGUGGGCUACCUGGGUGCCAUGCUUCUACUGGAUGAGAGACAGGAUGCCCACCUGCUUAUUACCAACAGCAUCAAGAAUGACCUGAGCCAGGGUAUCCAGGCAGUACAAGGCCUGGCCCUGUGCACUCUGAGUGCCAUGGGCUCUGCUGAGAUGUGUCGGGACCUGGCCACUGAGGUGGAGAGACUGCUCCUGGGUCCCAGCCCCUAUGUGCGCAAGAAGGCCGUUCUGACUGCAGUGCACAUGAUCCGAAAGGUCCCUGAGCUCUCUGACAUCUUCCUACCAGUUUGUGCCAAACUGCUUCAUGAACAGCACCAUGGCGUCCUGCUGGGCACCAUCACGCUGAUCACAGAGCUCUGCGAACGAAGCCCUGCAGCCCUCAAGCAUUUUCGAAAGGUGGUGCCCCAGCUGGUGCGGAUCUUCCGGACUCUGGUGACGACAGGACACACCACAGAACACAGCAUAUCGGGAGUCAGUGACCCCUUCCUACAGGUCCAGAUACUUCGUCUGCUUCGGAUUCUGGGCCGGAACCAUGAGGAGAGCAGUGAGAACAUGAAUGACUUGCUCGCCCAGGUGGCCACUAACACAGAUACCAGCCGAAAUUCAGGCAACGCGGUCCUGUUAGAAACUGUGCUCACCAUCAUGGACAUCCGGUCUGCAGCUGGUCUGCGGGUUCUAGCUGUCAACAUUCUUGGCCGCUUCCUGCUCAACAGUGACAGGAAUAUUAGGUACGUAGCCCUGACAUCACUGCUGCGACUGGUGCAGUCUGAUCACAGUGCUGUGCAGCGACACCGGCCCACUGUGGUGGAAUGUCUUCGGGAACCUGAUGCCUCCCUGAGUCGGCGGGCCCUGGAACUGAGCCUGGCUCUGGUGAACAGCUCCAACGUGCGAGCCAUGACGCAAGAGCUUCAAGGCUUUCUGGAGUUCUGCCCCCUUGAUCUACGGGCAGACUGUGCCUCAGGCAUCCUGCUGGCAGCAGAGAGGUUUGCCCCAACCAAGCGAUGGCACGUAGAUACCAUCCUGCGAGUGUUGACAACGGCGGGUGCCCACGUUCGGGAUGACGCAGUGGCCAACCUGACCCAGCUGAUUGGCGGGGCGCAGGAGCUCCACGCCUACUCUGUGCGCCGCCUCUACAGUGCCCUGGCACUGGACAUCUCCCAGCAACCACUGGUGCAAGUGGCAGCCUGGUGCAUUGGGGAGUACGGCGACCUUUUGCUGGAGGGGAGCUGUGAGGAAACUGAGCCAAUUCAGGUGGAGGAAGAACAGGUGUUGGCAUUACUGGAAAAGGUGCUGCAGUCCCAUAUAUCCCUGCCAACCACCCGAGGAUACGCCCUCACAGCCCUCAUGAAGCUUAGCACCCGACUUCGUGGGGACAACAACCGCAUCCGCCAGGUGGUGUCCAUCUAUGGGAGCUGCCUGGACGUGGAGCUGCAACAGCGGGCCGUGGAGUACAACACACUCUUCCAGAAGUACGACCACAUGAGGGCUGCCAUCCUGGAAAAGAUGCCUCUUGUGGAACGAGGUGGUCCUCAGGUUGAUGAGGAAGCAAAGGAAAGAAAAGAAGCAGCCCCUGUCUCCACGGAUCCCCAGCCCUGGUCCUUCUGCCCUUUCCCCCAGGCCUCAAAGCUCCUGGAUCUGUUAGAUCUCCUGCACGGCACCUCUGGGGAUGCCCAGCAGCCUCCCCCUCUGGAUCCCUCCCCAGAAGACACUUUAAUACACCUGCUGGACCUUCCCUGUGCUCCCCCAACCCUGGCUCCCAUCCCAAAUCUCAAAGUGUUUGAGCGCGAAGGACUACAGCUGAAUCUGUCUUUUGUUAGACCCCCCGGGACCCCUGCUUUGCUCUUAAUCACAGUCACCGCUACCAACGCCUCAGAGGGUGAUGUCACCCACUUUGUUUGCCAGGCCGCUGUGCCCAAGAGCUUCGAGCUACAGCUACAGGCCCCCAGUGGGGAUACAGUUCCAGCUCAGGGUGGCCUUCCAGUAACCCAGCUCCUCCAAAUCCUCAAUCCUAACAAGGCACCCUUGCGGUUAAAGCUGCGCCUCACCUACAACCACUUUGGCCAGUCGGUGCAGGAGAUUUUUGAGGUGAACAACUUGCCUGUGGAGACAUGGCAGUAAUUCAGCCUCCACUCAGCCAAAAAUUCUCAUAUUCCAAACCACCCCUGGGUUCCCAGCUACUGGGACCCUACCUCUGAGGACUACCAGCAGA